AUGGCGGUCAAACCCAUGGACGCAGAUGCUCUUCGUCUUCAAUCACUUGGUUACAAACAAGAACUUGCACGGGGAUUGACUCGCUUGACUAAUUAUGGCAUGGCUCUCUCUGUUAUCAGUGUGCCAGCAGGUGUAUCAUAUCUCUUCGGCUACGGAAUGAUUACUGGUGGACCUAUUGUAAUGAUAUGGGGAUGGCUCGUUGUCGGUAUUUUCACACUUUGUGUCGGACUUAGCAUGGCAGAGAUUUGUUCAGCUUAUCCAACAUCAGGUGGUCUCUAUUUUUGGGCAGGUAUUCUCGUUCCAGAAAGGUACAAACCCAUAGCUAGCUGGUUUACUGGAUGGUUCAAUCUCGCAGGACAAUUUGCCGUCACUGCCGCUUUCGAUUUUGGUUUGGCCAUGCUUCUGGCCAGUGUCGUUUCAGUCGGUGUCUACUCUCAAUGGUCACCUAAACCAUUCCAUCUUGUUCUGAUCCAUCUUGGAUUAGUUAUCAGUCACGGACUAGCUAAUUCGGUUGGAGCACGAUUUUUCGUUCGGAUAGCACAAAUAUCAACUUGGUGGCAAUUAUUAGCACCAAUUAUUGUUGCUCUAGCUCUUCUAAUCGGCAAUAAAGAAGGUCAUCUACCAGCCUCAUCCAUCUUUACUCUUUUCAAUAAUGAAACCGGAUGGUCGAGCAAAGUAUGCCUGUGUGGUUAUGAUGCAUCUGCACAUAUGACUGAAGAGACAAAGAAAGCUGAUGUCGCUGGUGCUUGGGGAAUGGUCGCAGCUAUCCUUGUUGCCACGACUGUCGGUUGGUUAGUUUUAAUUGCUUUCUUGUUGGGCAUACAUGAUUACCAAGCAACAGUGGCAACACCAACUGGAUUUCCCGUAACACAAAUUUUGCUGGAUAACUUCGGUCGAGAACUGACGAUUUUUUUCAUGUCUCUUCUACUCGUAGCAUGUUGGUUCGGCGGUCUUGCAUCAGUAACAACCAAUUCACGAAUGAUUUAUGCCUUCAGUCGAGAUCAUGCUAUGGUGAGUGCGAGUCUUCUCAGAAAAUGA